AUGAUUCGUGUUAAAUCCGGGUUUGGAUCAUUGCCUUCCAAAACCCAGAUUAGAUUUCUCUGCACAUCCGUUCUCGACGACCCACGCCCUCAAUCUCCAUUUCUGACAGAAAACCUCGCUUCUUUCUUGGACAAUUGUUCGGACCCUCUCUUACUGAGAAAACUCCACGCUCUCAUUUUCGCUCGCGGCCUCGGAAACAAUAUAUUUCAAGGCUGCAAGCUCCUGAAUUGCUACGCAAAGUUUGACCUUUUAUCAGAUUCCAGAUCGGUUUUCGACAGAAUUGUCAACGGGAACCUGUCUCUCUGGAAUGCAAUCCUUGUUGGGAUAUUGGCGAUUGUCAAGAUACUGCAAGCUUCACAAAAUUCAGAUCUAUAUGGAUUGAUGAAUAGAAUCAGCCUCUUGUGUGGAACGUUUGCCUUGAUUCUACAAACGUUCAUCCUUGUUCCAGCUUUUGGGUGGUUUGCUCUCGCAUGCUGGGCCAUAUGCUUUGUGGCAACUGUGAGCCGGAAUGCAAUCCUUGUUGGGUAUUUCAGAGCCGGUCAAUUAGACGAAGUUCUUCGGCGAUGUGGGUUCGUUGAAGUUGCAGCUGAAAUGUUCGAUGAAAUUACUGAGAGAGAUAUUGUUGUCUAUACUUCGAUUAUUACUGGUUAUGCUCAGAGUGGAGAUCAACGCGCUUGCGAGGCUUUUGGGUUUGCUCGCCAUAUGCAGAGGCAAGGAUUGCAUCCAAAUCGGGUCACUCUUGUUAGCUUACUUCAGGCAGCGUUGCAGUUGGAAGAGGAAUUGGUGCUUGAUCUAUUGGCAGCCACCGCUAUGGUCGAUUUAUACUCGAAAUCCAACAAGUUGAUCCAGUCCAGGGAACUAUUUGAUGGAAUGGAGAAAAAAGGAUCUAUAUCUUAUGAUGUGAUGAUGACGGGCUAUCUCCACAAUAAUUAUGCUAGCGAAGCUGUGGACACCUUUGUCGAAACGGUUGGAGAAGGUAUUAAACCAAACCUAGAAUGA